AUGAACAGAACUGAUUAUAUUGCUGAAGUCAACAGACAGCUGAAUAAUACUGCUUACUACAAAAAACUUGAUCAUAACCCUGUUGAACAGUUUUCAAAAGAUGUUACUGAUGUUUUAGAUGUUAUUUGUAGGAAUGUUAAUGGUGAUUCUAAUGAUACUUUAGUUGUACCUAGUGAUGCCAGAACGCCGCAGUUUUACAUCUUGCCCAAAAUUCAUAAAGAUAUUAACUCAGAACUACCACUUGGUUACCCGGGACGGCCAAUUGUAUCUGGGUAUUACUCUGUUACUGAAGGCAUAUCUGAAUACAUUGAUAAUAUCUUGAAGCCACACAUGGAAUCCCUGCCCUCAUAUGUUAAAGACUCUACUGACUUCAUUAAAAAGCUAGGGUCUAUGCCUAAUAUCUCCCCUAAUGCAUUUUUGGUUACUAUGGAUGUUUCAUCCUUAUACACUAAUAUUCCGCAUGAUGAUGGGAUAGAGGCUUGCCGUGAAUAUUUGAACAAAGCUCAUUCAUACUUGUCACAUCAGUCAGUCAAUGAUAUUUGCCAGCUUAUUGAACUAGUCUUGACUAAAAAACAUUUUCAGUUCAAUAAUGAAAAUUAUGUUCAAAUUUUAGGUACUGCUAUGGGUACACGUAUGGCUCCUACUUAUGCUUCACUUUUUAUGGGUAAACUGGAAAGCGAUUUCCUAGCUAAUACUACUGUUAAGCCAUCGCUUUGGUUACGUUUCCUCGAUGACAUUUUUUUAUAUGGGAACACAGUGAAGCAGACCUACUUAAAUUUAUUGACAGUUUAA